UUAAAGACUCAAAUGAAGACACUGUACUUUAUGCAUUCAAAAAAGUUAAUGAAUCUAAAGACUUAAAGAAAGAUAUCACACUUCAUGCAAAAGAAAUUAUUAAAGGUAAUAUUUUAAAUAAAGGCAGUACUAAAGACUGGAGCUAUAAUGACAUGGCACCA